AUGAAUUUCAAUAAUUUAAUUGUCACAGUAAUUGGUGCUCGUGGAUUAUCGCUGAAAGGACAUAGUGAACUGGAUGCAUUUGUAAAUUUGACAUUAAGUAGGAAAGGUAAUUGGAAAAGCAAAGUACAAACAGAUGUUGUUCGAACAGCAGCCGAUUGUAACUGGAAUCAACAAUGCGAGUUCAGCGUAAAUGAUCUGGACUUAGUGCUGAAUAUAACUGCAAACCAUCGAACUACUUUGGGUACUGCUGAUUGUAUCGGUGCUCUAGAAUUACCGUUACGUUCGUUAGUAAGUAUACGUACACCAACAUGGUAUCGCCUAUGCAAAAAAGGAAAAUACAGUAUUGCUGAGCAACUCAAAAAAUAUAGAGGUGAAGUGUGCUUGAAAUUUGAAUUCUCAAACAAAGUGCACUCAGAAACAACGCAGAACUUGUCCGAUCCGUCAUUUUCAGUUACUUCUUCCCGUGGUUGGUUACUUUUUUCUGUUGUAACUUUAGCAUUUAUAUAUAUAAUGUUUUAUGAAUUGAACUGAAU